UAGUCAAAAUGUUAGAGCCUUCGUCUUCUGAAGACGAGAAUGAAGAUGUGCUGCCAGAAGACGAUACUUCGGGAUCUCUGUCCACAUCGACCACCAGUCGUAAUGAAAUUUCAUCACAAAUACCGCAAACACAACAUCAAUAUCAACAACAAGCACCACCACCACCACAACAACMACAACAACAACAACAGCAACAACAUCAACAGCAGCAGCAGCAGCAACAACAACARCAACAACAUACUCAAUAUCUUCAGGCAAGUCCUCAAGUGCAGCGAAGUGUUAGUCCAGCCUCAGGUUCAUCAGGAAGUGAGUCCAUCCCUGUAUGUCAGCCUCAAGUUAACACUAGUGACAAACUACUGGUGCCACAGACAAAGAGCAACACAUCGUCCAAUAGGUCUGUGAGUCCCUGUCCGUCAACAGCUAGUGAUAAUAAGGAAGCAUUGGCUCAAAAACAAUUGGAUGACAUUGAAAGGGUUGAACGUGAAGAAGCAGAAAGAAAGACUAAAUUGCAAUUAUAUGUAUUUGUUUUAAGAUGUAUUGCUUAUCCAUUCAAUGCCAAACAACCAACAGAUAUGACAAGAAGGGCUAAUAAGAUAAGUGGUCCACAUUUGGAGCAAAUUAUCACAAGAUUUCAAGCAUUUCUUAAGGGAGAUCUACAGAUACCGGCAGACGAAGCGUUUCAAAAUGCUAUACAAAACUAUUUUGAAGCCUUUCUUCAAAGCGAUAGACUGAUGCUUAUGGUUCAGAGCGGCGCCUGUUCUUCACAUGACUUUAGGGAAGUUUUUCGAAACAAUAUUGUAAAACGUGUCCGAAGUUUGCCCGAAAUCGAUGGAUUAAGCAAAGAGACAGUUGUGAGUUCAUGGCUUCAAAAGUUUGAUACUAUAUUCAAAGGUUGUGAUGACGACGUCAAGAAGUUGACCGGAACUAAGAUGCAACAAUACCAACAACAACAACAACAAAAUCUGGCCGCAGAGCUGAUCCUUAGCAAAGAACAGCUCUACGAUAUGUUCCAGAAUGUGCUCAAUAUUAAGAAGUUUGAACACCAACUUCUUUAUAAUGCUCUUCAGUUAGAUUCAGCCGAUGAACAGGCGGCUGCCAUUAGAAGGGAAUUGGAUGGAAGGAUACAAAAGUCUAAUGAAAUGGAAAGGAAUCGUAAACUUAUGCCAAAGUUUGUGCUCAAAGAGAUGGAGUGUUUGUUUUUAGAAGAAGUUCGGUCUUCAAUAAACCAAUUAAUGGUAAACCUCGAGAGCCUUCCUGUGUCUAAAGGAGGUGCAGACAGUCGAUAUGGUCUUCAAAAACUAAAACGUUAUAAUCAUAGCCGUCGUCGAGCAUCAAUCCUAAGAAGUCAAGCAUCACUUGCACGGGACGGACUGGUAGAGGAUACAGAAGUGAUUACAUUAUCUAAAUUUGAUGUUUUACUUUCGUUUACUAUUGAAGUUGUUGUAAUGGAGGUGCGGGGGUUAAAAUCAUUGGCACCAAAUCGUGUAGUUUAUUGCACAAUGGAGUUGGAGGGCAGUGAGAAAUUACAAACUGACCAUGCUGAGGCUUCCAAACCUAUGUGGGAUACUCAGGGAGAUUUUACAACAACAUAUCCACUUUCUAUAGUCAAAGUUAAAUUAUAUGCCGAAAGUCCGGGUAUUUUAAGUCUUGAUGACAAAGAAUUGGGUAAAGUUAUAAUAAAACCAACGCCUUUGACAUCAAAGACUCCUGAGUGGUAUAAAAUGACAGUUUCUAAGAAUGCUUCCGACCAGGACUUGACCAUCAAAAUCAUUAUCCGAGUCGAUAGACCACAAAAUAUGAAACAUUGUGGGUAUUUGUUUGCUCAGGGAAAGCAGGUCUGGAAAAAAUGGAAACAACGGUAUUACAUAUUAGUUCAGGUCUCGCAAUACACGUUCGCAAUGUGUAGUUAUCGGGAAAAGAAGUCCGAACCGACAGAAAUGUUACAAUUAGAUGGAUAUACUGUUGAUUAUAUUGAACCCAUCCCUGAGUUAGAAGAAGGCAAACACUUCUUUAAUGCCGUCAAAGAAGGAGAUAGUGUUGUGUUUGCUUGUGAUGAUGAAAAUGAGUGUCAUUUAUGGGUUAUGGCUAUGUAUAGGGCAACGGGUCAGGCACACAAACCAACACCUCUAAUGCAAACUUUAUUUAAUAAAAAUUCAACGAUAUCUCGAUUACAAGGAGAUGCCGAUAGGGCCCGAAAGCAUGGAAUGGAUGAAUUUAUAUUAUCAGAUCCGUGUCGUUUCAGUCAUCACCAAUUAUUUAGAUUAUUACAGAGAGAAUCACUUUUAUUUAGACUAAACGAUUUUUAUUGUUCUCUCGGGUGGUUCAGUCCGGGACAGGUAUUUGUUUUGGACGAAUACUGCGCUCGAUAUGGAGUUAGAAGUUGUUACCGACACCUGUCAUACUUAUGUGAUUUACUUGAAUUUGCCGAAAAGGGUACUCUCAUUGAUCCGACAUUAAUUCAUUAUAGUUUUGCAUUUUGUUCAUCACAUGUUCACGGAAACAGUACAACUGCACCCCCGAUCGGACAAAUCGCAUUCGACAUAAGACCUGAUGGUAUUGGAACCGUCACCGUUGAGGAGAGGGACAUGUAUGCCGGUAUUAAGGAAAGACUCAAAUGCUUAUUAGAAUAUCAAAUAACAAACUAUAGAUAUUGUUUUCCUUUUGGUCGACCCGAAGGCUCAUUAAAAGCUACUCUCUCUUUAUUAGAGAGAGUAUUAAUGAAAGAUAUACUAACGCCUGCACCUCCUGAAGAGGUUAGAGGUGUAAUCAAGAAGUGCCUCGAAAAUGCCGCUCUCGUCAACUAUACCCGCAUUUCAGAAGUGGCCAGAAUUGAAGAAAUAGCAGCGGACAAGACAUUACAUCCAAGUGUUAAACUCCAACAUUUGGUUCAUUUAGCAGAACUUUGUGUUGAUCUCAUCCAAGAAAAUAAUGAACACUACGCUGAAGCAUUUGCCUGGUUUUCCGACCUAUUGGUAGAACAUUGCGAGAUAUUCUUCUCGUUGUUUGCCGUCGAUAUGGAUGUCAUACUCAAUGAACAGCCGCCCGACACGUGGGAGAGUUUCCCGUUAUUUCAAGUCUUCAAUAAUUACCUCAGACUUGACGAAAAUCUAUGUGGGGGUCGAUUUCAUACUCAAUUGAGAGACACAUUUGCUCCACAAGUGGUCAGAUAUGUUGAUUUAAUGGAGUCAUCAGUUGCACAGUCAUUACAUAAAAGUUAUGAAAAAGAAAAAUGGGAAUUAAAAGGACCUGUUGGUUGUGCGGCUUCUGAAGACUUGUUCUGGAAGUUGGAUGCGUUGCAGACCUUUAUUCAUGACCUCUUCUGGCCGGACGAAGUGUUUGCCAAACAUUUAGAGCAAAGACUCAAAUUAAUGGCCUGUGAUAUGAUGGACGCCUGUAUUAAUCGGACACUACAAGCAUUUCAAACGUGGGAACGUAAGGGUAGUACCCGAUGGAACAGUACUGACUAUAUCGUGCCCUCAGAGAUGUGUGCUAUGAUUAAUGUCAUACUCGAAGCUAAGUCACAAUCGCUUAAGUUAUGUACUUUCGAUGGCGUCGACACACAUCAAUACCACAGCAAAAUUGACAAUUUAGUUGAUAAAGCAUUAGUUGAUAUGCAAACCGGAUUAAUAGCAAAGAUGCUUAGUAUAUUGGAGGCCAGUAUUGCCAAAUUAUCCCGUUAUGAUGAGGGCAGUCUAUUAGCUCCAAUUUUAUCAUUAACUUAUAACAAAGGUAUGUCUAGUUCUGGUCGAGAGGUUGGCAAAGCAUAUGUCAAUUUUGUACGCAAUAGUACUGAACAAUUGAGACAAAAAGUUAGCGACGAAUUGUGGGUCAUUAGUUUGUUUGAGCAAUGGUAUUCAUCACAAAUGAACCUUAUAUGCAAUUGGCUAUCGGAGCGCAUUGACCACGGAUUGCAUUUAUUUCAAUUGUCUGCUCUUUCCUUAAUUGUUAGAAAAAUCUAUUCAGACUUUGAGUUGAAUGGUAUUGAAGAGGAGAAACUAAAUAGCAAAGUAUAUCAAACCAUAAUGAGUCGGAUCCAACUCGAAGAAGCCGCCGCUUCCGUCACUAAUGGACUAAAUCGAGAAAAUGAAGAUUCAGAAGAAUAUCCCGAAGUAACUGAAACAUCAGCUAAGGGUAAGACACCGGGUCUUAAUAGAGCUGAUUCGGAGUCUGGAGAAGGAAUGGUUAAUCGAUUGCAAAAUGCAACCCAAAAUGUAAUGGGAAGGAUAUCUGGUAUCGGUAGAGGUGUCGGAACCAUUGGUGGAGGAAUCGGUGGUUUUGCCAAUAAAUUUUUGAAUAACAAGUUUUAG